AUGACAAGAUUGGCACCAUGCCCAGGUGUCACGCAGGAAGAGAUCGCAGAUGUCAAAGAGAAGGCCAACGCCGUGCUUGACCAUCUAUCGACGACCUGUGAGCCGGACCUAUACUAUCUUCCUGCUCGAAAUGACGAGGAGCCACGAAUUAGCCACGACACCGUCAAAGACAUGGGUAUCAUCUAG